GUUUAUACCGCAUCAUAGGUGACCCUCUAAUGCAAAAGUCUUACCCAUUCAAAUCGUAACUGUAUCAGUUUUCUACCGAUAUUAAAAGGCAGAUAUAUUUGGGUUCAUAAAGUUGGUUCGACUUGCAUAUCAUUUUCCAGAUUUGUAUUUUUUUUUACAUUUUUCAAAACAGGAAAAUGUACAUGCUGUAGAGUGAGAAACCAGGCAUGUGAACUGCACUUUACGAAAACACUACUUGAGGAAAAUAACGGUACUUGCAUGUUGCAAGUGGGUCAAAAUUGAAUUGUUUUUGAACUAGCAGUGCAAUUCAUUCAGAAAUAGUAUCACUGAAUUAGUUCAAAGCGUAUCAGGCUGAGGCGGUCUGACCUCUGAACCGCAAGGUGAAUGGAGCCCAAUAACGCAUCGGCGAGCCGCAGUGCCUCCGGCGAGAGCGCUCGAGUCGGUCCGAGUGCAGUGUGCUGGAAGAUGUUUGCCAGAGCAUCCUUCAUUCCCACUUUGGCUUAUAAUGUUUUUAUGCAAAGGCUUUCAAACAGGAGGUGGUGGGACAGAGUGGAUGACACAGUUAUAUUGGGUGCUCUGCCUUUUCGUCACAUGACAAAGCAGCUUGUUGAAGAGGAAGAAAUCAAGGCUGUUGUGUCAAUGAAUGAAGACUAUGAGCUUAAGUUCUUAUCCAACAUGAAAGAGGAUUGGGCGGCACACGGCGUGGACUUUCUCCAGCUGAGCACCACCGACAUUUUCGUGGCGCCGUGUCAGGAGAAGAUGCGGCUGGGCGUGGACUUUAUCGACCAUCACCGGGCCGCCGGUAACACCGUCUACGUCCACUGCAAGGCGGGCAGGACGCGCAGCGCUACGCUGGUCGGGUGUUAUCUCAUGCAGCGCCACGGCUGGACCCCGGAACGGGCUGUGGAGUUAAUAAAGGAGGCCCGGCCGCACAUCCUGCUGGGGCCCAAACAGUGGAGCGCACUGCACCAGUACGCCCAGUGGCAGCAGCAGCAGCAGCAGCAGGCGGCGGGCGGGAGCGGCUCUGGAACCGAGUCAGUGCGCUGAGACAGCCGCGGCAGCCCGUGCCGGCGAGGAGCGGCCGCUGGCUGUCGUCGGCGUGGGCGAGUGUCUCGUUGAGUGGUGUAGAUGGAACACAGAUGUUCUCACACCACAGUGGCAUUGCCACAGGGUUGGUUUGAUGGCGUCGUGGGACCGAUCUGACUUGCAUACUUCUCUUUUUCUUUGCAUAGUCCACCGCUAAAGUGAUGUGAGGUGUCAGUCUCAGUAGUGGUGAAGCUUUGCACCUGUAGUGUAACUUAGGAACUAUUGGUCAGACUACAAUGAAACUUGGAAUGUAUCUUGCAAGUACCAUCAUCCUUGCAGCUGCAAGCUCAUCUUUUGCUGUCCUAGUUAGCUGGAUCACUCAGUUUUUAAAAAUCGUCAGUCAAAGCCGUCUAUUGAGAUUGGCAGAACCUCACGUUACUUUAGCUGUGCGCUGUAUGUACCUUCCGUGUUGACAGUGAUCGGGAUGUCACCGUUGCAUCAACAUUCUCUGAGCACUCGACAAUUCAUCGAAACGAUUGAUCCGAAACAUAGGUGGAGGUUUGUGCCGAGCUGGGGGUGCCCGAGCUCUCCCAAUCCCAUGCUGGCUUGGCUUUGGAGCCGCAACAGACGGUUGAGGCCAAGAUCACCAUCAAUGCGGCGGAUUUGGUUCGCCCGGGCACCCCGGCCAGCUCGGCACAAAGUUCCACCAAUUAUCCGAAACGUUGCAGAUGAGCAGGUGCCUGGAUGUAAUAUUCUUUGGUGAAAUUGCUGAAUGCGAAAGCAGUUAGAACAACUCGAUAGCUGAUGUAUGUUCCAUGACUGAGAGACGAAACAGGGACUUAUUUAUUUUGUAUUUAUUAAACAUCGUGAAAUGCUGAUUUUAUGGUAUGCACAUCAUAUGACGUGUACAUUCUCAUGUUCCCUGCAAUACUCGAUGAAGUGCCCUUAGCUGCGCUGUGGAGUGCGACCAGCACGAAAACCAAUUACCUCUGCUGGUGUGCGAGUUUUAAACCGUUGAAAAUGGCAUUGAGGGCGCCUACAGCAGCGCUUUUAACAGAUAUUGUAUGUGUGUUGUGUAAGCUUGCUGUUCUAGUACUUGACUCAGACCCACCUAUGCAGCCAUCAGUAUUGGACGCCGGGCUGACAGGACUGUUAACUUGUUUAUCACCUGGCAUCGGUAGUUAUGCAGGCAUUCUAGGAUAAGGCAAUGCUACAAAUUGAAAAAGAAACAUCGAUGGACGGUGAACUUUAAUCUGGUAACCUAUUUCGAAAGUGUUCGUCACCAUCCUGCAAUCGACAGUACCUCCUGGGGUCGGCCUUAGACGAAGCCGCCGUGUUACGACACAAAUCAAAUUCAACAGUCAGGGUGGCCAGUGGUGAUGCGAUCGCUAGUCUGCACAGUGCACAUAUAUAGCAGUCAUUGAGUGCAGCGCCGAUAAUAUCGACCGACUGUGCCUCCGGCCGGGGUCUAGGGCGACAGGUCACGAUGGGUCGCGCGUGGCCCUUGGUGGCACAGGGUCGCCACACCCCAGGGCGGUGUUUCACGGCCGCUGCUAUCACGCUGCCAGCGCAUUUCGCGAGCGGACGUCACAGGUUGUGGUCAAGUCAUUCAUGUUGGAACGUCCGAGUUAGUUGAUGUCUCAUUGAAAACCCAAUUUGACACGUGUGCUGGCAGCGUGCUAGGAGCGGCCGUGAAACAUGGCCCAGCAUGACAGGGGGGUCGUGUCGUAUUAUGAAUUCUCCCAACUGCGUAUGUGCGGACUUUCGGAUCGUCGCUGUUACGGUUAUCGACGUUAGCUUGUUCAAUAGGGUAAAAGAAGCGCGUGUUGUCUGUUUGAAUGUGCAAACAUAAGCCAGUUUAUGGAAGCGUUGGUGAUGUACUGGAAAUUUAUACCUGUCGGGGCAAAUCGCCAUGGUGCCGGGGUCUUCUGCUUUGUAAUACAUUUCUGAAGUAAA